UCUCAACGUGGUCGCGGAUGUUUCCCAGCGUGUGGAGUUUAGGAGCAAAGCCCGUGGAGUGAAGCAGGAGGUCCCCGGUGUUUUCUCGUCGGCGUGAACACCCGUCAACAUGGGGGAGUUCAAGGUGCACCGGGUUCGGUUCUUCGACUACAUGCCCGCCGCUAUCCGAGCCAUGGCGUUCAACAGGCGGACCGAGCGGCUUGCUGUGGCCCGGGCGGACGGAGCCCUGGAGCUCUUCAACUUCGCUGACAACUACUUCCAAGAAAAGGUGAUCCCGGGGCAGGACGGCCGGGCUGUGGAGGCUCUGUGUUGGGUGGGCCGACGUCUGUUCAGUGCUGGCUUAAAUGGAGAGAUCACGGAGUACGACCUGGAGAACCUGCGGCCCAGGUACACGGUGGAGGCCUAUGGAGGACCCAUCUGGACCAUCACUGCCAACGUCCAGGGAACACUGCUAGCGGUCGGCUGUGAGGACGGGACGGUGAAGAUGUUUGAAGUCCUGGAGGACAGGAUUCAGUUUCAAAGAAACCUCGACAGGCAAAAAGGUCGCAUCAUCUCUCUCUCCUGGCAUCCCUCUGCUCCACUAAUUGCUGCCGGCAUGAUGGACAUGAUCAGAAUCUUUCAUGCUGAGACGGGCCACGCCACCCACCGGCUGCUGGUGGAGAGGGGCGUCGGAGCUUCCAAGAGCAAAGAGGUGGUGGUUUGGAGCGUCGCCUUCCUGUCCGACCACACCAUCGUUAGCGGAGACUCUGCGGGAAAGGUCCAGAUCUGGGAUGGGCUCACGGGAACUCUGGUCAGGACUCACCUCGUCACCAAGUGGGACGUCCUGGCUCUGGCCGUCUCGCAGGAUGAGAGCAGUCUGCUGGCCGGGACGUCGGAGGGCACGGUCGUCCAGUUCCAGUUCAUCUCGGCAAAUUUGGACCAGCAGAAUAAAGAUUGGGUCCGAACCCGGACCUUUAAGAACCACUCGCAUGACGUGAGGGCGCUCGUCCACACGGACACCGCCGUGGUGUCUGGAGGUAUGGACACCCAGCUGGUGGUGCGCCCCCUGCUGGACAAGGUGGAGAAGAACACUCAGGAGUCCGCGAUGCGCAGAGUAGCUUUCCCUCAUAGAAGCCUGGUGAGCUGUGCAAAGAAAGCCGGCCUGCUGCUCUUCCAGUUCCCCGAUCACUUGGAGCUGUGGAGACUCGGGGAGAGUGAUGGACAUGGACAUCCUGGUGACAGUCUUCCUGUGAAGAGGAAACCAGAGAAACUGAUCCAGCUGAAGAGGAAGGGCGAGGAUCACAUCUGCUGCAGCGCUCUGUCUCCAUGCGGCGGCUGGCUGGCGUACUCGACCGUCACCGGCUUCCGUCUGUACAGAUUACAGAACAACAGCAUCAGCAUCACCAAGGUGUCCAAACUACCCAAGGCCCUCCGCUCGGCCCACCAGCUGUGCUUCUCCGCGGACUCCUCCCGCCUCUUCGCCUCCUCCAGCAAUUCUUGGGUUGUCGUCGUUGCCCUCAACCAGCCGGAGUGCAAAUACCUUCACACCCUGAAACCCGAGUCGGGUUCCAGAGAGCCGGUCCACCUGCUGUCUGCCAGCGAGGACGGCAAGUGGCUCGCCACGGCCAACACGGCCUGCGAGGUCCAGGUCUACGACCUGCGCAGGAUGAAGCUCCAUUGUUCGGUCCCGGUGUACGGCUCGUGUCCCACCGCCAUGGCCGUCCACCCGGCAACCGGCAACCUGGUGGUGGUGCACGCUGACCAGCAGAUCUUUGAGUACUCUCUGCUGCACAAGGAGUACACCGAGUGGAGCCGACGGCUGCAGAAACAGGGGCUGCACGCCCUGUGGCUGGAGAGGGACACGCCCGUCACCCACGUCGCCUUCAAUCCCCAAAAUCCAGCCCACGUCAUUCUGCACGACACGUUCAUGUUCUGCAUCAUCGACCAGAGUCUGCCCCUCCCCGACGCUCGCGCUCGCCUCUUCAACCAAAUGGUGCUGAAGAGUCUCCCGGAGGCCACGAGGACCCUGCACCGCCACGCCUUCAAGAUGUGCAAGAGCUUCCAGAAUCUCCUGUGUGUGAGGUUACUGGAGGACCUCUCUCUGGUCGUGGUGGAGCGCCCCCUGCUGGACAUCAUGGCUCAGCUGCCUGCGCCGGUCCGGCAGAAGAAGUUUGCAACAUAGAGAGCCGGUGGCCCUUUUGCCACAGCAACUCACUCAAUGAAACUGUUUGUGUGUCAUCACUUUGUAAAAAAACACUUUGAUAAAAUAAUAAAUACAACAAUUUACUGUGUGUGAAAACUAAAAUGGGCAGCACAUUCAUUUGGAGUUGAUUUUCUCAUAAACACAGGUCUGACCUAAUAAACCAUGUAAAGGAACACGUUUUUUAUUCAAUCACUUUUUAUCAAAAAUGACAUUUAUCCACUAUGUGUGUUGACAUUUGUCGACUCCGUCUGAUGCAUUAGAAAUCAUUUUAAUGUAAAUGAUUCAGUGACACUUUUAAGUAUUUCAAUAUCUAAUAAUAGUGUGCCUACUCCUAGUUAAGUGAUAACAAAAACAUUGUAUUCCCUUUAUAUUAUUUUACACAGUUGAGGAAAAACGCCAUUGGAAAACUUAAUUUUGUUAUUUCUUUUUAAAAUUUAACAUAUUUUAUCUGUGAUUAAAUGCAGUUAAGACACCACUGCAUGUAGUCCAUGCAAUGUUUUAGUGAAUUAACUCAAUAAAAUGAACAGAAGUAAAAGGCUUUUUUUUUUUUUUUACCCUUGUGUUGCCUUACGGUCAUUUUGACCCGAAUCAAUAUUACACCCUCCCCCCGCUUUAGGAUUAAUUUGACCCCAUUCAAUGUUUAAUGUCGGUGUUCUUUCGGUAGUCAACAAACAAACAUAAAGUGCCUCACACUUAAACUUGGAAAACAAUAUUAAUUCUAAUAAUUUUCUGGAGGUUUUAAUUGCUGGCGUCAAAUUGAACCCAAAGGGUAAAAUAUAUUAGUAAAUAUAAAGGUAACAGGAGGGUGAAACAUUGAAUCGGGUCAAAAUGACCCAAAGGCGGGGGGAGGGUGUAAUAUUGAUUCGGGUCAAAAUGACCCUAAGGCAACACAAGGGUUAAAGACAAAAACCCACAUCUUAGGGUGGGACAAAACUGACGGUGUUGACGGACUGAUGUAACAUUACAGCAAACAGGGUUAACAAGGCCGUAAAGCUCACAUGAGACAUUCAUGUGUUUUCAGUCCCUCUAUGCUUGGAUUAUAAGUGCAUUUAACUGUUUAAGGACAAACCAAGAAAAUGGGGACAGUGACAGGUAAAGAUCUUUAAUGACCAAGAGAAGAAGCAUGUAAAAGGGGUCCUCAGGGUUAUAGCUCAGACCAUAAUAUGCCUAAUUCUUUUAAUUUUUUAAAAUUCUGACGGAGUUGACAUAAACUGAGGACACUACUUUGAGCGGCAAUUUGGUAUGUAUAAUUUGAUGGGUAUUUCGCUUAAUGUCUUCGGUUACAUUUUAUGUAGCCAUGCAAUUCAUUUCAUAAUGAUAUUUAUGUAUUUAUUACAUUUUUAAGGACUUUUCUUUGCAAUUAGAACCUGUGACCUCUUGCAGAGGACAUGUUAAUGUGCAUGUACUUUCUAGGGCAAUGCUUGUACUUGGUCAAAUUGCUAUGAAAAUAUAUAAAUAUAGACAAAACUUA